AUGGUACGCGAUGCAGUGGACGACUCCACGCCGAAAGAGCAGACUCUUGUCAUGGAGGAAGUUCCCCUCGAAAAGGCGCGCUGGGCGGCAUCUCCGUACCACCUGCACGACUACAUGAAAGCUGGCCUGACGCAGGAAGAUGCAGAGUUUCUCCACAGCGUCGACAAAGACCAGCAAAAGAAGAUCUUUCACAAAGUCGAUUGGCGCUUGUGUCCUAUGCUCGCGGUCUUGUAUCUCAUCUCGCAUCUAGACAGAGCGAAUAUUGGCAAUGCUAAAAUCGAGGGCCUGGAGAAGACUCUCGGCAUGAAGGGCACAGAUUACAAUGUCGCGCUCAUGGUGUUCUUCGUGCCAUAUGUCCUCUUCGAAGUCCCGUCCAACAUGCUUCUGGCCAAAUUCAAGCGCCCCUCAUAUUAUAUGGGACUGCUUGUCCUAUGCUGGGGCACAUUCCGCAUGGCGCUGUUCUAUUGCGCGUCGGCUGCGAGUGGAGCGUUCUCUGGUUUGCUGGCCGCCGCGAUUGCAAAAAUGAACGGCACCGCAGGACUUGAAGGCUGGCGCUGGAUCUUCAUCCUAGAAGGAAUCGCCACCGUCGCCAUGGGCGUGGGAGUAUUCUUCUUCCUCCCCGAUUCUCCAGACCACGCUGCAGGCCGCUGGCUCACCCACGACGAAGCACGCUUCCUGCGCCUUUCAAACAUCUACACGCGCGGCGUCAAGCGCGAGCGGCGCAUCAACGCCGACGGCAAGAAAGAGCGCGUGAAAUGGGGUGUGAUCGGCCAAGUUGCAAAGGACUGGCAGAUCUACCUGCAAGCGAUGAUUUUCGCGAGCAACGCAGUGCCAAAUUAUGGAUUGAAGUUUACCAUGCCUCAGAUCCUGAAGAACAUGGGCUUCACCAGCACAACCGCGCAACUCAUGACCGCACCCCCAUACGCCUGCGGCGCCAUCUCCGCCCUCGUGUCCUCCCUGCUCGCCGACAGAUUCACAUGGCGCAUGCCAUUCAUCGCCAGCGCGCAGGCCCUGCUCAUCGUCGCGUACUCGAUCCUCUUCGCGAAAGCGGAGAAUAUCAAAGACAACGUCGCGCUGUGCUACUUCGCGAUGCACAUUGCGUGUAUCGGCAUAUACCCGAUUCUCCCCGGGUGCAAUGCGUGGACGAUUAAUAAUCUGGCUGGACCGGAGAAGCGCGCUGUUGGUAUUGCGACAAUGAUCUGCAUCGGCAACCUCGGCGGCAUCGUAGGCUCCUUCAUCUUCCAAGAAAAAGAAUCGCCAAAGUAUGAAACGGGCUUUGGGUCGUCCUUGUCGUUUGCAGCCGCGGGCAUGGUGUGCGCCUUCACGCUCGAGUUCCUGUUCGCGCGCAUCAAUAAGAGGAACGAGGAGAAGUCCGAGGACGAGUGGCGGGCGAUUUACACAGAGGCGCAGCUGGAGAAGAUGGGCGAUCGGAGUCCGUUGUUCAGAUAUAAUUUGUAA